CUCGCCGCGCGCUCGGUCGCCUUCGCACGAGAGCGGGCCGCAGUUUCGAGUAUAAAAACGCGACGAACCGUUAGAAGGGUUCCACACACCUUGUUUUCUCUGUUCAGCGCUCUUAGCAGGAACUAACAGCUCCAUCACCAUGAACGCCCUUCUCGCCGUUCUCCUCGGAGUCAUCUCCGCCGCCUCCGCCGGCUUCGUCGGCGGCUACAGCGGCUACGGCGCUGGCCUCGGCUACGGCGCUGGCCUCGGCUACGGCCACGGCCUCGGCUACGGCCACGGCGUCGCCGUUGCCGCUCCGGCCGUUGCCAAGAGAGCGUCCUUCUCCUACGGCCACAGCGCUGGUGGAGCUGCCAUCCUGGUCGGCGGACAUGGUCACGGCUACGGCGGCUACGGUGGCUACGGAGGCUACGGAGUCGCUGCCGCUCCCGCCGUCGCCGUCGCUGCUCCAGUUGCCGUCGCCCGCCCCGUAGCUGUGGCCCGCCCCGUGUUUGUCGCCCGCCCCGUGGCGGUCGCUGCCCCAGUGGCCGUUGCUGCCCCAGUGGCCGUCGCUGCCGCCCCCGCCGUUGCCUUCGGUGGAUACGGUCUUGGCCACGGAUACGGUUUUGGUGGACUCGGUGCCUUCGGCGGCUACGGCGGCUACGGCUACGGACACAAGGGCUGAGCACGGACAUGAGAGUUCGCUGGAUGCCCUCACCUCAUCGGCACAUCAACGCGCUGGACUUACGCUAGUUGACUGGGCCAUAGAAAAUUUUUAAAU